AUGGCGUUGGUGCGUGAGCUGAUGAAGCACCAUCGCCAAUUGUUUGGUCAGGAUGCUGGCAAGGUGUCCUCCCGCAGGAAGUCUGUCCUGUGGGGGCAAGUAAUAGUUGCCGUCAAUAGUGAGGGUGUGGUGAGGCGGACUGAGGACACGUGUCGCAAGAGGUUCUAUGACAUAAAGCGGCGUGUCAAGGCCAAGAUGGCCAAAGAGGCAAAAUCAGCCCGCAAAACCGGAGGUGGCCCCCCUUUCCGGGCAACCUAUCGGGAGUGGGAGGAGCCUGUGCGGGCACUGAUUCCUGCAGAAGUGGUGUCUGCAACUCAUGUCCGGGAUUCGGACCGACCCACGCAGGAUGUCCGACAGACCAGCCGGCCAGACAGGCCUCAGACAACUCAGGAUGAUGCUGGGAUUGCAGGUUCUGCUUCUGUAAGCCUACCUCCUCUAAGGCGCCCAUCACAGGGCUCGGGGCACUUACCCAGGAGGCCAAGUAAGACACGGCGUCUUGGCACGGAAUCUGCGGCUCCAUCUUCCCCACCCAGGCGGCGCAUUUCUGCAGUGUCACCCCAGCCACCACUGGCACUAUUGGCGAGUCCACAGAGUGAUGAGCCCCGAUCACCUCAGUUAUCUGAGCCAAGCUUGAUGGCCGACGUGGACCAGCAGGGACAAGACCAACAGGCAACCUUCACACUGCAACUAACACCUGUUGACCCGAGCCAGCCAAUACAGCUGCAGGAUAUCCCCCAAGCCUCCAUGAGUCCACAACUGGCACAAGCUCCACCCCAGCCACAAAUACCAGAUGACUUUUGGUCCAGUUGGACAAGCCAACAGGCCCAAAGCAAUGCCAGCCUGACCGCACAUACCCAACACCUUGCCAGUCUGCCCCAUCAUCUACCGCGCAUUAGUCGCAACUCGGGCAGACUGAUUGUCCAAGUAGGCCGAAUCGCAACAUCGAUGGAGCAAAUACGGGCAGACAACAACCAAAUGCUGGCUCAUUUAACGCGCAUCAUUGAUGAGCAACAGCGCCACCAACAAACACUCGUACAACUAAUACAGCACAACCAGGUUGUGAAUGAGUCUUUAUCCCGGAUUGUAGCCAGCCACACUGCAACCAACACACAACUGAAUGCAAGCAUAAAUAAUUUGAGCAACAACAUAACAUUGAUGGCAGCUCAACAAGUGACCUCCAGCUCUGGAACCACGACCCCUAUCCAAACGCCAGUAACCUCCCCUGUUCGGCGUUCCUCCCGAGCACGUGCCAGUGAGCCAGCACAAAGCACAGCACCCAGCACACACAAGCGGAAAAAAUAAGACUUUUGAAAAAUUUGAGUAACGCAAUAAAAAUUUAGUUUUGUCAAACACACAA